AUGGAUAAGUUGACUGCCAAAACCCUAUCUGAUCGUUUGUAUGAUAAGCGAAAAGCUGCUGCUUUAGAGAUCGAAAGAACUGUUAAACAACUAGUCAACCAAAACAACCCCGAAAGCACUCAGAAAAUCCAUGCUAUUAUAGACCAAUUAUACAAGGAAUUUACUGGUGCAAUCCACCAGCCAAACUUCAGAAAUGGUGGUGUUAUUGGUCUUGCUGGAGUCGCCAUCGCCCUAGGCUCAUCUCAUAUCGCUGAAUACUUGGAUUUAAUUAUUCAUCCAGUUUUGGCAUGUUUUGGUGAUCAGAUUGCUCAGGUUAGAUACUAUGCCUGUGAAAGUUUGUAUAAUAUUGCAAAAGUUGCCAAGGGCGAAAUUCUAAUCUAUUUCAAUGAAAUUUUUGAUGUUCUUUGCAGACUCUCUGCUGACAAUGAAAACAGUGUCAAAAAUGGUAUUGGCUUAGUCAAUGGCUUGAUCAAAGACAUUGUCUCGGAGAGGGCAACAACCUAUAUCUCUGUCUUACAAACUGAUCCUCAAAUCCAAGAACCAGACUUAAUUCAAACAACUGUUGCAAUUUCAACAGGCAGCAUUGUUCAAAUAAAUCACAAUCAGUCAAAUUUGGCAUUUUCUUUACCGAAGUUUAUCCCCUUAUUAAUGGAAAGACUAUACACCACCAAUGGAUUCACUAGAACUUUUUUGGUGGACUGGAUCUCUUUACUAGACUCCAUUCCAAAUUUGGAAUUAAUAAGUUAUUUACCUGCUUUUCUUGGCGGCUUAUUAACCUUUUUAAAUGAUACUCAAAAAUCAGUCAGAAAUCAAACAAUUAGAUGUCUUGACAACUUUUUACAAGAAAUUAAACGAAUAAUCCAAAUCAAAAAAUUGGCAAUCAAAAACAGAAAAAACAAUAAAAACAAUAAUAAAAAUUUGAAAAAUUUAAAUAAUAUCAACAAUAUAAACAAUUUAAAUUAUGAUGAAUAUUAUAAUGACCAUGAUAUGAAUGCUAAUUCCGAAUAUUUAUCGGAUACUGGUACUUAUAUCCCUGGUCAAGAUGUUGAUUUGAAUUUUCCUAAAAUUAUAGCAAUUCUAAUUACUCAUUUAGAAUCAGACGAUGAAAUCCAAUUAGUCGUACUUAAUUGGUUAGAAAAUAUAUUGGAUAUAUCUCCAAUUAGUUUCUUACCAUUAAUUUCCGAUUUAUUAUCAAUUUUAUUAAAAAUUUUAUCAAUUAAUUCAAAUAGGCAAUUAAAGGAUAAAUCGUUGAUUUUUAAUAAAAAAUUAAUGGAUUUGAUUUCAUCAACUUUAUCACUAGAUGAUAAUAAUAAUAACAAUAAUAAUAAUAAUAAUAAUAAUAAUAAUAAUAAUAAUAAUGAUAUCAAUAAUGAUAUCAAUAAUGAUAUCAAUAACUAUACAAUGAAUAAUUUAAAUUCAAAUGAAACAAAAUUCAAUUAUUCAUCUGUAAUAAAUACUUUGGCUAUAUUGUUUUUACAUGAGGAAAAAAUUACAAAAAUAGCAACAUUAGAUUGGUUAAUUAUGCUUCAUCAAAAAUCUCCAAGAUUGUUUCUUAAACAUAGUGAUGACACAUUCCAAACAUUAAUAAAGGGAUUAUGUGAUUCGUCAUCAGAAGUUAUUAACAAAGAUCUUAAAUUAAUAUCGCAAUUUUCCACGCAAUCGGAUGAUAAUUAUUUCCAAAAUUUGAUGAACGAUUUAGUUAAUUUAUUUAAAAGCGAUCGAAAAUUAUUAGAAUUAAGAGGAAAUUUUAUCAUUCGACAGUUGUGUAUUAACCUUAAUCCAGAAAGAAUUUAUAAAAGUUUUUCCAAUUGUCUUUAUGAAAAGCAAAAAGAAAGUUAUAAGAAUUUGGGGUUCAUUAGUAUAAUGAUUCAAAUUUUGAAUAAUAAUUUAAUAACAGCACCAGAAUUAUUACCGUUGAGAAAAAAACUCUAUAACAUUGAUAAUAAAGAAGACUGGAUUUUUUUCACAACACUAUUUAAAAGUUGGUGUCAUAAUGCACCAGCAUGUUUAUUGUUGUGUUUAUUAUCACAGAAUUAUGAAUUGGCAUAUAAUUUAUUGAAUAUAUUUGUUGGAUUUGAGAUUACAGUUACAUUAUUGAUUCAAUUGGAUGUUUUAGUUCAAUUGUUGGAGAGUCCAGUUUUUGUUAAAUUGCGGUUACAGUUAUUAGAGCCUGAGAAGUAUCCAUAUCUUUACAAGUGUCUUUAUGGAAUACUAAUGAUCCUACCACAAUCUAAUGCGUUUAAUAUAUUGAAAAACCGAUUAAAUUCUAUAUCAGCA